AUGCUGGCGACCUCCCUGAUCCUGCACAGUCCUCUUGACGCGGCGGCCUUCCCCCUGCUGGCGAUCCGCUCCUGCAUUAGUGAGGCCUACGACAGCCGCAACGGCCCCCGCUUUUGUGCGCAGGACCGGCACACCGGGGCCGUCUACGAGGCCCGCUGCGCCCCCCUCCACACCACGACCGCCGCCCCCGCAAGGCGCCAUCGCGAGCGCGCGGAAACCCUCCUCAGCGUCUCCGAAAGGCCGCGCUGCGUAGCGCUCCCGAUUGACGCGUACCUGUACGAGUCGCCCUCCGGCGCGGCCUACGUGGCGGCGGUGGAGGCCUUCGCGGGGCUCUCUCUCGGGGACCUUGUCCGCAGCGGGUGGGACUCGAUGGAGGAGCGCGUCUUCGUCGAGAUCCUGGAGGUGGUGGCGGAAUUCGGCUGCGCCAGCUGCACACUACCUCCACACGGGAACCUCAGUGCGGACGCCAUCUGGCAGCUCUUGACGCCGCGCGAUGGGGCCUCGGAGGCCUCGAACCAGUCGCGCUGGGUGGUGGGAGACUGGCUGCUGACCUACGACCCGGACAACGUCACCUUCGAUGCGGCCUCGGUCAUUGGCGACUUGGAGUUUAUGCUUCACUCCGCCUUCUCCCAGCUGAACAUCAUCUCGUCUGGCUCUGGUGUGUUUCUUUCACACAUACAGGUCGAGCAACGCAUUGACCAAACUGUGGAACAGAUACGGAACACGUUAUUUACCCUCUCCAUCGACAACCUCACUCUGCAGCCCACUGGGAGGUCCAUUUGUACUGGUGAAACCGGCAGCGAGGCGCUUGAAAUGGUGACCCUUAGUUUAUCCGCAUCCGCAUUGUCAGGUGUGGGUAUGAAUACGCAGGCAGAUGACCCCAUUGAAGAGUCGCUUUCGAUGUCGGUGCCGGAAUCCCCUCUGGGGUCCAAAUUCUUAGGAAGUACCCCUAAUUCUCCUUCUGCGGGAUCGACGCGGGAUGUACUCAACUUUGUGUGUAGGCUUUCUUUGCGGGACAAAAUCAACUUCCACCAAAACGAACUUCGCCAGGAGCAACAGCUUGCUAACCGAUACCGACGGCGAAGGGCUAUGUUGCCUCCUUUACCACGCUCUAACUCCUACUACACGAGUCUCCUUGAAGGAUAUAACCUAAAGGAGAAUGAGCCUUAUGAAAUACAACCUCGAUCGCCCAUUGCAAAGCUCACACCAAGUCUGCUGCUGACGGAUCCGCCGACGGAUUCGGUAUCUGAUCCGCAUUGCUUGGAUACCACUCGAAGUAAGGGUCAGGGAAAAAAGCAAAAUGGUCGAAACACAAAGCCCAAAGACAGACCGCUGGAGCCAAAGAAGUCUUCUCCUAAAUCGAUUCAUAAGACUUACACUGAUGAGUGGGCAAAGGAUCGAGACGCUCUCCUUCAGGAUGUGAUAAACACCAUGUUACUAAUGCAGCAGCUAAGACUGUAUCAAGCGAAAGCGAGAGAUCAAGGUAGAAAUCAUCUACACAAUUCUCUGCAAGAUACAAAGGUUAUUAGUGUCGGGAGCGAUAACAACUACCAUUCUUUUUUUAGAAAUGACGACCCAUUUGUUAACUCGUAUUUCACAAAGAGUUCUGGGACUGAUUUAGAACCACCUACUAUGUACUCUAGACUUCCCUACCAAUGUACCUCCGCAUUUUAUGCUCGCAGAGAUCUGGAGAAGUUUUUGUCAAGAAAAUCGCCGCUAACCGCUUCGACAGAGCCUAAUAAAAAUAGGCGCCGUCAUUUAAAUUCAGCGUGUCCCACUCCCAUGCGUAGGGUAGGUCGAGGCCGCGCAUCAUCAUCUCACGCUUCGACUGAAUCGCCUGUUCUCGCGCAACAUUGGAGCAUGCCCAGUAGCCAACCUUCCACCCCUCUCUAUCUAGAAAUCCAACACAAGCAGUCGAAUGGUACCGAUUUUGGUUCUGCCGUCAAUUCACGGGUGCGUACGCCAUCUCGGAGUGGACCUAGCCUAUUGAAUAUAGCCCAGGGCAGACACUCCAAAGCUUUACCAAAAUCGACCGUAGCGAUAGGUACAUCUCAUCCAUCCUCCUUGAAAAUUACAGAACCGAUGAGUACAUUGCCAUUUGAACUCACCCCUAAAGUAAGACCCGUCAUUCAACGGCUCCCCCUUGAGGAUAUUCUGAUUCAUGAGGUGUCCCGACAGCAUCAGCUUGCUAUCUCCGAAAGGAUACCGCCGCAGCACAUCACAAGGGUGCCCGAAACGGCCACAGAGGUUAGUGGGAAUCUUUGGGGCACUAUGCGGCUUAGAACCCCACAAUCGGCGCGCUCUCCCAUGUUUUCCUCCUUUCCGUGCUUCGCUAGCAUGAAUACGAAAACUCCUCGAGGCUAUUGGAGCACUUUGUCGAGUCGGUCCUACAACGACUUCGCCAAUGACUUUUUCUCAGCUGACAAGGGAGGAGGAUUUCUUACGUCUCGAGAUGGGAAUCCGCAUUUGUUAUCCCACGCAAGGCUUUCCUCGGCAAACACCGCAACGGUUUCGGGCAGGAAUAUGUCCGUACCGGCGUGCGCCUCUCCACAUCUGAUUCACUUGCGUGGCACCGAGCUUAAUGGGUAUGAAGGUUGCAACCCUAGGUUAUCCACAAUGGACCGAACCCAACCAUUGGAGACAAAGUCCACGCGGUGGAAUAGUAGGCGCUCUCAGUCGGUGCUAGGCUUCACGGCCUCCUCACGGCGAGUUCAAACGCCUCUUUCAGCAGAGGGUCGGUGCCGAUCUGCAUCUCAAAUUAGGGGCGCGGACACUCUAAAUAUUGGAGUCGGUGCGAGUCAAGACAAUAAAGAUGUGAAGGACGGCACGAUUGUCCCAGGAGAUAGGUUUCAACUCUACGGCACGCCGGGGAAGCUCCUGCUCAGUCGAGUUCGCUCCUAUCAUGGGACUUCCAUAAAGACUAUUCGAGUAAGACGGGCUUCUGGAGUUGUCAGUGAAGAAUGCUGA